GCGCUGGCGCAAUCAAACUUCGAACCCUCCAGAUACUUGACAAUGGAUGUCGUUACCGAGAAAAUAUUAUCUACGCCUUGGGCGGCCGCCCUGAUCGACGAUCCCAACUGGACGUUCGCCCCAACGCCUGCGCGCGACCCCAAACCUUGGGGAGAGGACUCCUUCUUCGCAGAGACGAUCAAGACGGAUCGCACAAUACGGAGCUGGCUGGCAUAUCGACCCGUCAAAGCGGUGGAGGGCCCUGUUCCAUACCGAGAACUCAGGGUGAUUCUGGAUCUAGGGGACAAGCUGAAUAGCCACACCGAUAUUGCGCACGGUGGGAUUGCGGCUGCCUUGCUAGAUGAGACUUGUGGCGCCAUUGCCAUGCUGAACAGGGCCAAACGGAUGGAGCAGUUGGAGGGGCUCGGUCAACCUUUCGAUGAGUGGCACUACUUCACUGCGUAUUUGAACGUAACCUAUCGGAAGCCGGUACCCACAUCUACCGUAAUUCUGUCUACGGCAAAGAUUGAGCGACAAGAAGGAGACGGUCGAAAGAUGUACAUUCAGACGACCCUCGAAGACGGAAACGGCACGGUAUUUACAAGCGCUGAAGUGCUGUUUAUAAGGGUCACGGCAAAGUUAUGA